AUUUUUUUUUUUUUUUUUUUUUUUUUUCAAAUAAGAGAAGCUCUUGUAGUCUUGUAAAGUAUGACUCAUGAAUGAUUGUAAUUGGAAAAUACCCUCUGAGGAGAUUGACUGUUGAUAGGACUUCUUGUUGGUGGUCUCUCACUUCUGUUUCAAAUGAGAGGAGCUUUUGUCUUGCAGAGUUUGGCUCAUCAGUUUAAUUGGAAAAUGCUCUCUGAGGAGAUUGACUGCUGAUGGGAGGGAAAACACAUUGAGAGUCAUAUGUUUCUGCUCUUUGCAAAAGAACAUUGUCGAAAAAACAAACCUAGGGCAGAAGAUAUACUUCUUUCUUAAAAAGACACAGCACUACUUGGAACAGGAAAAUGGACAAUACAAAUUAGACGAAGCUGCGUACACACAAAAAUGUUGUGAUUGUGAAUAGUUUUAAUUACUAUUGUUUUAUUUGUUUAUCUUUUAUUGCAUACACAGUUGUUACAUAGUAUAGGUAUUUGAAUUCACAGCAUGUUGUUACAAAAAUAAUAUACAUUACAAUCACCUCAGAAUACUACAUCAUAUAGAUAGAAGAGUUAGGUCUACAUUUAAGAAUAGCUACAUUUUAAUAUCAGUAAUCAUUCGGUGAGUACAAACAUUUGAGAGUUAAGAAUGAUUUCAAUUCUCUUUACAAUACUUCACCUCUGUGGCAUCUUAUAGCACUAGGCAGUUUGUUAAACCGUAUCUGGCCAUUAAUCCAAGGACUAUGAUCUGUUGUCUUUAGUUUAGUUCAGUUUCUUAGGAAACAAUCUUUUUGUCUUGUGUUGUGGGUAUGCACAUCAGAGCACUUAGUUUCAUUAUUUUUAUGGUUCACAAUGAAUGUUAUUAAUUUGUACAGAUACAGAGAAUAUACUGUUAGAUAUUUAUGUUGUACAAAGGUUCCCCUACAUGAAUCUCUGUAUCCUAGUUGAUGCAUGGUCCUGAUUGCUCUUUUCUGCAGUGUUAGGAUUCUGUUCAUGUGUCUGUCAGCAUCACACCCCCAUACCUCUACUCCAUAAUUAAUAUAUGCAAAUAUUGUCCCAUAAUAAGCAGUUUUUAAUGUUUGUUCAGAGACUAAUUCUGAAAGUUUGCUAAUUAAGUGCAGUGAACUGCUGAUUUCAUUGCAUAUGAAAUUGAUAUGUUAUACACAACUAAGAUUUUCGUCUAGGUAUAUCCCCAAAAAUUUACAUUUGUCAGUGUCUAAUUUUUUGAUCCCACCUAUAUUAUCAAUAGAGGUUUGGUAUGAAUCACCAAGUUUAAAUGGAAAUAACUGGGAUUUGUUAAUGUUGACUUUUAGACCUUGGUCAUGGAAGUAAGUAGUUAUUUGACUUAAGCCAUCAGUUACUGCCAAUUUCGAGUCAUUAGUUUGUUUGCAAAAGAACAAAAGUGAGGUAUCAUCAUCUGCAUAACUUACUAAUUGGGAGUACAGAGGUACCUCUAAAUCAUUAAUAUAGACCAGGAAAAGGAAAGAGCCCAAUAUGCAGCACUGAGGUACACCUUGUUUUACUGUUUCGCAGCUGGAUUGGAAAUGUUUGAUCUGAUCAUUAAUUUCAUAACUCAACUUUGUACACUGCUUACGAUUGGUUAGGUAAGUGAUCAGUAGUUGAAUGGAUGUGUCAUAGGUCUAGGAAUAGUCCUGCUAUCUGCAUUCCUUCAUCCAGGGCAUCAUACACCUUGUGGAGAAAUUCGGUAAUUGCUUUAAUGGUACUGUGAUGCUUUCUGAAGCGAUGCUGUAUUUCUGCUAGUAAAUCAUUUCACAAAGAAUAAUCAGUAAGUUGUGUCAACAAAACAAUUUCAAAUAUUGUACCGAAAAUUGGUAAUAGUGAUAUGGGCCUGAAGUUUGAUAGCUCUUCCUUCAAUCCUUUUUUAUGCAGAGGUUUAACUGUACUUUUCUUCAAGAUAUUUGGAAAUGUGUGCUCCCUGAUACUACUGUAGAUCAUAUGGGUAAUUAUUCCAACUAAUUCCUUACUGCAUUUUUUAAUUAUAAUACUGCUCAGUCCAUCCCAGUCAGAUGAGGUCUUAUUCUUUAAGUUAUUUAUUACUUUUCCUGUUUCCUCCAAACUCACUUCCUUAAAUUCAAAAGCAGUUUCCAGCCUAGGGUAAGGCUUUACCACCAGAGUCAGACCUGCGUUAUUAGCUGGAUUCACAGCUGAAGAUAUAAAAUAUUCAUUAAAUACAUUGCAGAUUUUAUCUGGAUCAUUAAUAUGGUUUCCUUCAUGUUGGAUUCUGUCAACUUGAGUAUCUAACUUAUGGGUAUCUUUGCGAUAUCUAUUUAUUUAUUCCAUGAAGUCUUCCCUAUAUUUCUUGACCGAGCUAUUUCGUUAUCUAGGACUGUUUUGUUAAAUUUGAGAGCUGUUCCUGAAAUUGUUUUUUAGAUUGAUUGUACUUAUCCUAAAAUAUUUUCAAUUUAUUUGACUUGUGUAGUACACUUAGUUCCUGAAUAUUUUGCGCGAGUUUAAUCACGUAAGCUGGAAGAGUCAGUCUGGUGUUUUUUACAUUUUGCUUGUGAGUUACUACUUUCUUAAUUUCUUUCACUGGGCAGCAAAAAUUAAGAUAUUGUAAAAUAAUAUCAUAAAAUUUGGCCCAUUUGUAUUUGGACCCUUUUUGCUGAAGAACUAGUUGCCAUUCCUCAGAUGUUAGUUUACUUUUAAAGGCAUUACUGUUUUUCUCUUUAAGCAUUCUUUUAUGUUCUACGAACUGAGUCAUUUCUUGGAAGCUUGUGUGUUCAUAGUCUACAAAUUGACAUUUGUGGUCUGAGUAGUGGAAGUCCACAUUCCAGCAUCUAAUACUAUAUUUUACUUCUUUACUUAGUAUUAUUUAGUCUAUUCUGCUAGAAGUAGACUGAGUUACUCUUGUAUCUGAAUUUACUGCAUUCAUAAGAUUAUAGGAGUUAAGGGUAUCUAUUAGCCUGCUGUUAUGGUUAUUGCAAGAUGUUGCCUCUACAUUCAAGUCACCAAGUAUUGUUACCUCAUUUUGGUCACAGAGUCUCACUAUUCUACUAAAAAUAUCUAUGAAACACACUACCUCUGAUUUUGGUGGACGAUAAAUCCCAAUAAUUUUCUGUUUCACUGUGCCCUUUCCACAACCUCUGAUAUGGCGUUCAAUGCCUGUCACUUCAGUUAAGCCUUCACUACUAUACAGAUCUAGAUGGUUUAAUUUAUUUUGCUUUAUGAUGCUGUCUACAGUAGCUAUUUCCUAGGAAAUAGCCAUCUAGUUUAACGUAAAUAAUUUUCUCAGAUUUCAGUCCAUGCUCGGUUAACACAACUACAUGAGGGGAAUGACCAUUUACAAAAGUCUGCAAAACAUUGAGCUUAUUUCUAAGAUAUUGUAUAUUUAAGUGCAUGAGCCUUAAUGGUGCUUUUAGUUUGUCACUUUGAAUUUCCUCCUGUUCUGGUGCAUUUAGGAUGUUGAGGGAACUACACUCAUACAUGGGUGGUAAAAUGCAAUAAAAAUAUGCCACUCAUUGUCAGCUCCGAAACAAGCAUACGAUAGAACCCUUUAAGCUCCAGAUAUAGAAUCAAUAACUAUUACAGAAGAAAGGCAUAUGGUUUAUAAAUCCAGAGACUGGGUUGGCAAACAAAGUUCCUCAAUGAGAAAAUACAGAGAUUUUGAAACACGACAAUGAAUGUGAAAGGAUCUCAAGGUGUGGGCAGAUGAGAUUGGAUAAUACACUGGUUCAGGUGAGAGACUGGUGUAGUGAGGUGCUCAUACUUUUUAUUUAGGAAAUUAACUGUUGUGUUCCUGGGUAUUAUUAAUUUGCAUAUUAGUGAGUAUUUAGUUUCACAUCUGGGCCAAGUAAAAAAAUACUGAUAAUUUUUUGCUUACAAAUUAAAAGCCAUAAUUUUUAAAAUUUCAGUAGAAAUCUUAAAAAGUAUAAAACGGAAAAGAUACACAGACAUUUCUAGUUCAAAAUAUUUUUGCACAGCACUAUACUACUUAUGCCAUGCAACACUGCAAAAUACUUUAGCACGUGUAAGUAAUGUCUCAUUUUGGUUUUGAUAAAUGUUCAUAUUACUGUACUUGAUCCUGUUUGUACAUGGCAAAAUAAUGCUCUCUAUCGGCUACAUGGUCCCAUACUAAUAUUACUUUCCUGCACUCGGGCUACUGUGCCCUCUUACCUAUGACAUUAUUCUCAACGUUUCUACCAAUAGGCUUUACUGCCAUCUAUGCAAAUUACUUUGCUACUUCUAUCUUUAGUCCCUUACAGGACUUUUUCUCAACCACAACUUUAAACACAUAUUUCAUACGACGUCCGGGGGCCGAAAACAAUCAAGGAGAGAAGCAUAUCAUCAUCAAAAGCAAUUGCAUUAACAUCUGAAAAUAUAAACUAACGUACAGGUGCAUUAGUGGUAGUGCUGUAAUGAGACCACAGUGUGCUCUCAUUAUAACACGAUUAACAGUAUUCGAAUGUAUAUUUUUAACGCCUCGUCCCUGUUCGUUUCUUUGUUUCGUUUUUGUUUUAGUGGUAAGAUUAAGUUGUCGAAAAGCUUAGAUAACUACUUUAGCCCUCGGUGCUGUUGACACGUUGGAACCGAUAACGAUAAGUUCGUAAUCAUAAAAACAAGACCGCUUAAGGAAUAAAUAUUGUAUUCUUCGUCACUAUUGCAUCUAAUUAUAAGAGAACCAUAAAGCACGUAAGACUUACGCUGAGGUAUGCAUUACGUAACAGUAAUAACAACCAACCAAGCAAACACAACGCAGGAUGUACCAAAGUGCAUUAAGAUAUGCUACCGACGUCAACAAGCCGCUGCAGAAAAUCUUACGAAACUGUGCAAGUCAUAUAAUAAGCAUAAGCACUGAGUACUACUGUUCCAAUCGUAAGACAGCACAAGUUCAAUGCAGCCGUACAAGAUUCCGGUUUUCCACGACAUACUAGAAAGAUUUAUUUGUCCCAAAAAACAAGAAUAUUUAGUCAAACUAAUGACUGAAUUAAAUAUAACACUUACUAAUUAUAGAAGUACUCAGAUAAAUAAAUGUAUCUUCACACAAUGCAUCAUUAAUUGAUAAUUCUUUAUCAAUCGAAACACUAUUUCGGGACAUGUUGAAUUUACCAAUCACAGUCCAUUGCAAUGCGCUCGUUAGAAGUGGCAAGAGUUAAUUUCAAGCGUGCAUUAAUAGUGACGAAACUAUCACGAUAUGAAUACGAAAAAUAUCGCUACCCACAUUUAACCGAGACUGAGUUGGAAGCAGUACUGAAGAAACGAGGUUCUGAGUACGGAAAUUUACUUCGUCGCUACGAAAUUCAUAAAACAUUUGAAAAGCGUUUAGUGGAAAGUGUCGAAGCAUGCGGAAUUACGACCAAAGUGGUGAACCGAUUCGGAUACAAUGAAGAAAAUCUUAAAUGGGCAGAUGUUGUGGUGCCUGUUGGUGGUGAUGGUACUUUCAUACUAGCUGCAAGUAAAAUCCAAGGCAACUAUAAGCCUGUUAUUGGCUUCAAUUCAGAUCCAAGUCGUUCCGCCGGUUACCUAUGCCUACCAAAAAAAUAUUCUGCCGACGUCAAAGGAGCUUUGCAGAAGAUCAUUAAUGGAGAUUUCAGGUGGAUGUUUAGAAAUAGAAUUCGAAUAACAUUGUUCGGGAAAAACAUUUUCGAUGAUCCACUUGAACUUAACGAAGAGCAAUUGCGAGAACCUGGUGACACUCCUCUGCCGAAGAGAACAACUGUAACAGCUGAUUCUAAGGUUUAUAGGAGGACACUGCCAAUAUUGGCUCUUAAUGAAAUAUUUGUUGGUGAAAAACAAGCCACUCGUGUGUCAUACUUGGAACUGAAGCUAGCUGGCGAAUCAAGAACGAAACUGAAGUGCACCGGAAUCUGUGUCGCGACAGGCACCGGGUCCACCGCUUGGCACGCUAGUAUGAACCGUAUUUCUGAACAGUCCAUAAGUGAAUUGCUAUCAUUAUUGAAGCAGCCAGUUUCAGAGGAAACGCGAGCAGAAUUGUGUUCACGUUUUUCGGAACAGUUGAAGUUCGAUCCCGAAGAACGAAAAAUGUGUUAUACAGUGCGUGAGUGUAUAGACACGAAAACCUGGCCAGAAGGUAAACGAAUAAACCCACGCGGCUUCGUUUCGUGGCUCGCAAUACGCUCCCGUUGUUUCGACGGAGGCCUUGCACUUGACGGUAACGUCGUUUACAAUUUCGAUGAUGGAGCAGUGGCAAUUUUUCAGGUGCUCGAUGAAGAUGCCCUACAGACGGUAAUGUUGCGGGAAUGAUGGUUUUCUCUGCACAGUCAUUUUCGUAUGUAACAGAACUCCAAUUUCGUGAAGUAAUGGGGAAAUUUUAAGCUACUGUAAGUGUUCUCUAAAUAUUAAACCCCUAUGCCUAUAUUUCACAGAUGAUUUUUUUUUCCGUGUAUUAAUAGUGCAGCUUAAGUUUUUAUAAAGCCCCAGAUGACUGAUUGCAUACCAUAUUGUAAAUGACAUAUUUUGUGCACUUGUUGUAUAGCAGCAACUGUUUAGGUAUUCUUACCAUAUUGCAAUAUAGCAGUGACAUCAUAGACGCUUCCUGUGAAACACGUACAGUCAGAAAACUUACUACUUGAUUGAGCUCAGCCUGUGAAUUUCAUUUUGAAUGAAAUUAAUAUUAGAUAGCUGGUAUAAUCCAGUAUAGAGGCCAUUCGAGCUAACUAGGUCUUCGUUGCUCUAUCAGUGUGUUCAUAAUAUUUCAGUUUUGCCUGCCUACAGUGUAUUAUUUUUUUCAGAGACCACAUUUUAAAGAAGUUAUGCUGUGGCCAAAAUUUAAUGUGUUGUUGCGAGGAACAGCAUGCUUCCAGAAUGUUUUGAAUUUGUUUGCAUCCAUAAAGAUAAUUUUAUUGACAUAACACAUUUGCUUCACGCAACUUGUGACAAAUCUACAGUAUUCAGAGCAGGCCAUAUGUGCCGUUAUAAUCAACAAGAGCAUGAAUAACAAGAAAGCAAAUGACAGAAAUCUGGCUGUUGACAUGCCAUUUGAUCCAAGGAAGUUUAGUGUCACCAAAACACUGUACUUAAUGCAUGAUCCACCAGAAGAUUGCACUAGCUAAGAUAAAAGUUAUUCUCCUCGGUUAUCUUUUUCUUUACCCCUCCCUUUAUUCUGUAAAAACAACCUUUAUAGAAUUUAUGAAUUUCCAAUAAUUUCAUUACCAUCAAAAUAGAGAAUCUCAAAAAACAAUCUCAACUUCAUUACCGAAAAAUUCCAAAGAGGUGUACAAUCAUAACAAAAUAAAUUAUGAUACCUAUGUAAAUAUACAGUCUUAAAAGUCUAUCAGUGCAGCCUAAAUGAACCAGACAAAGCUUCCCUUAUUGAUUUUAUUGCAAAACUUUAUUAUGCAGAAAUCACUGUUUGAUAUUUUUAAAAUAUUUCUAAAGCCUGGAAAAUAAUGAUUAAUGAUGUGUACUUAACUUAAAAUACUUAGGUUUUUGUUAUAGUACUCUAAUUAUAAUGCUCCACAUUUCACUAAGAGCUAAUGGUAAUGUCAAUAUCAAAAAAUACAGUUGUCUCAUGCAAAGAAUUGUAAUCAUGAUCUUAAAAGUGGCUGCAAAUCAGCAACUGUGUAAAUCUGAAGAGGUUGAAAAUAUCAGCCAGCAAGUUGCAAAACAAAGGUUUCUUAGCCCUUGACCAAAGUUUCGAUAUUUCUAAAACUCCUUGUCACGUCACAUGAUGGUACAUUUAGAGUAGCUGAAGCCAAGGGCUCUUGUCAUACAUAAAAUUGGCAAAAACAAGAAUUAUCCCAAGCCGUGGCUUUAUAUUAGCCCCACUACUUCUGAAGAAGAUAUUUUCAGAAAUACUGAAACCUAGGUCAGUGGGUAAUAGACCUUUGUUUUGCAACUGGUUGACUGAUCUUCAAUGUUAAUCAUGAGGACAUAUUUUGUAAAACUGCACUGAUCUCACCUGCCAAAAAACUUAAUAUGAUUUAUUCAUUUAUAUUUGAUCUGGGAAGUGUGGUUUUUUGAACUGUGGUCAUAAAAACUGUUGAACAUAUAAGCAUUUACUACCAAAUAGUCAAGUAAGUACCUGUUAAAAAGUCUGUAUUUCUAUUUAUGUUAGUAAACCAUUAUUGACUUGCCUA